AUGGAAAUAAGAGACAAAUUAGCGAUUAGCCCAGAAUUAAUCGCUCACCUAAUGGAAUGGUCCUACAAAGCCACGACAUUCUACUGGACGAUGGAAGAGUUGUUACAUGAUUACAGAAUGGCCAGAAUAGGGGAACGCACUACGAAUAUCUUAGGAAGCACGAGAAAUAUUCUGGGCACAAAAGACAAUAUGGAUAAUUCGAUUAGCAAGAGCGCUUGCUGCUUGUCACGCUUUGGCAUGCUUAUCUGGGAAAUAACUUCUCAUGAGAUUCCUUUCCCAGACAAAACCAUUGACGAAGUAUAUACCAUGUUAAAGGAUUCAGACACUCUGCCCCCGCCAAUAAUUUUCGGUACACAGGAAAGCAUCGUGAAGGAUUCCAAUGUAGGAAUGAGUUAUUGGAGAUUUGGGAUACACGGAUGCUGUGCUCAAGAGAUGUUGGCAUCCGCCACAGAAUCGCGGAAAGCAUUUGCUGAAACGGGUGACGAUACAAAUGUUGAAGACCGUGUUUAG